AUGGAUAAGAAUCCUAGAUUGGAAUGUAUACCAAUAUCUAUUAAUUCACUUCCAAAUGAAAUAUAUAUAAGAAUUUUUCAAUUACUUCCAUUCAAAGAUCUCAUCUCAGCAAAAAAAGUUAACAAAAGAUUUUAUAAAAUUAUUGAUGAAAACCAUCAUCAUUUAAGAAAAAAAAAUGCUUUACGUGUUGCUAUUGCAAGUAAUUGUAGAGGUGAUCAACUUAUGGUUAAUCUUAUUAUAUCAUCUUUUAAAAAAAAUUGCCAACCUUUUUUUAUCAAAAAACAUUAUAAAAGUUUUAUCACUGAUAAGAAGGAUUUAUUAAAAUCUUUACAAAUGUUUGAUGAAAAAUAUAUAUCUUUUAUUGAUAUUCAUGGUACUGAUUCUCCUGAUAUAUUUAAAAUAUUAGGUAACUGGUGCCGAAAAGGUUCAUAUUUAGAAACAUUAUCUAUUAGUGAUUUUGGUGAUGAUUAUUUAAAUACUUUUAAUUAUUUUAUUGAUAAAAUAUCAAAUGUUAAAGAUAUAUCUAUAAGACAUAUAUGUACAAGAAAAAGAUCAGAUCAAUUUCUUUUAAAACUUGGUCUUCAAUUUAUGAAUAAAUUAGAAAAGAUAUAUCUUUGUGAAUGUGAACAUACAUUAAUUUUAAAUCCAAAAUUUAUUUUAACAUUAUACAAAAAUAAUCCAAAACUUGAAAUAAUUAAAUUAUCCUCAUGUAAUAGAAGUUUUAUUGAAGAUAUCAUAAUGGAUUUUGGUAAAAAUUAUCACUCUAAUACAAAUUAUCCUUGUAAACAUAAUAUGAUAACUCUUUAUAUAAAUACUACUCAUAGUAUUAAUGAAUUGAUAAAAACUUAUAAAGAAAUUUUUUAUAAACUUGAUUAUAUUUCAUCAGUAAAUGUUUUGGGAAAAGAUAACAAUUAUGAUGAGUUACGGAUAAGAAAAAAAUGUGAAAGUUGUUUAAUAAUAAAUAAAGAAAUUCAAAUGAAAUUUUCUAAUUCUGUUAAUACUUUUCAUUAA